CUUGAACACAACGCGAGAUCUCACCAACUGUCAUGGCGUCUCCCUUGAAGGGGGAUUGGUACUGGAGAAAGUAGCCGCUGUCAUUUAUUACAUUUCUCCCGUAUAGCGCGCAGCUAACCCCGAUUGAAGAGGCUUCUAGGAGCGGAUAGUUAUAAUGGGGACUGUCCAUGCUAAGAGUCUUGAUCCUCUCCCGAUGCAUGGCCGGGACUUGGGUGUCCACCCUGAUGACUUGAUGGAGCCUCCAGAACCAGAGCAGGAGUCCAAGCAGGAGAUCCUCGAAAACAAAGAUGUGGUUGUCCAACAUGUCAAUAUCCAGGGUCUUGGAAGAACUAAAGAGGACCUGCUCGGUUAUGAGAUCUCCGAUGUUUUUCACGCCAAAAACCUCAUCGAUGUGAUGAAAAAAUCUCAUAUCGCCAGACAGAAGUUGCUCCGCCUGGGAAUCUUUAAAGAGGUGGAGGUUCUAAUCGAUACAUCUGAAGGUUCGGAUGCUCUGCCCAACGGUCUGGAUGUAACGUUUGAGGUGACAGAGAUAAAAAGGCUGACAGGAAGCUACAACACCAUGGUUGGCAACAAUGAAGGAAGCAUGGUGCUGGGUCUGAAGUUGCCCAACAUGUUGGGUCGAGCCGAGAAACUCACCUUCCAGUUCUCCUAUGGGACCAAGGAGACAUCAUAUGGCCUAUCCUUCUUCAAGCCCCAGCCUGGACACUUUGAACGCAACCUCACACUCAACUUGUACAAAGUCACCGGUCAGUUCCCAUGGAGCUCCUUAAAAGAGACGGACAGAGGAGCGUCUGCAGAACUCAAUUUUCCUAUCUGGAUGACCAACCACACGCUAAAGUGGGAGGGUGUAUGGAGGGAGCUGGGCUGUCUUGCACGCAGUGCGUCCUUUGCCGUGCGAGAGGAAAGUGGACACUCACUGAAAUCUGCCCUCUCGCACACUGUGUCAAUCGAUUCGAGGAAUUCUGCCAUCUUUCCCAGCAGAGGUGCCUUGCUCCGGAUCAACCAGGAACUGGCCGGGUACACAGGAGGAGACGCCAGCUUCUUGAAGGAGGAUUUUGAGCUGCAGCUCAACAGACGGCUCUUCUGGGACUCCGUCUUGUCUGCUUCUCUGUGGGGCGGGAUGCUUUAUCCCAUCGGAGGACAGCCGUCCUGCAUCGCUGACAGGUUCUACCUUGGAGGUCCCACCAGUGUACGAGGAUUUGGGAUGUACAGCAUUGGGCCACAGAGUGAAGGUGACUAUCUGGGUGGAGAGGCAUACUGGGCAGGUGGUGUACACCUCUACACUCCACUACCCUUUAGACCAGGCAAGGGCGGCUUUGGAGACCUUUUUAGAACCCACUUCUUCCUCAACGCAGGCAACCUCUGCAACCUCAACUAUGGUGACGGUCCCCGGGCACACCUUCAGAAGCUAGCUGAGUGCAUUCGCUGGUCGUACGGAGCGGGAAUUGUUCUGCGGCUCGGGAACAUUGCCAGACUGGAGCUCAACUACUGUGUGCCCAUGGGAGUACAGAGUGGAGACAGGAUAUGUGACGGUGUCCAGUUUGGAGCAGGAAUCCGCUUUCUGUGACCUCAUCACCCUUCUGCUCUCAAUACUACAGCAGAGGCUGUGAUGUGAAAAGGGAGAAUGUCUUGUUGUUUGUCACCUGUAACUUGUUGUAGAGUGUGUAACACUAGCAUGGGUCCUAUGUUCCGGGGAAACGUGCCUGACCCUCCAAACCCUCCUUUAAUAUUCACCACUCAAGACUGAAACAACGAGGUGCCAGUGCUGGGCCAGAAAACUAGUGAAACUUUUUACAGUACAAACUGAAUGGGCUUGAGUAAAGUAACUAGGUAUAAGGUUUCCUUAGCGGCAUCAAGAAGACAUGUCAACAACUUGGGCAAAAAUGAAAAUAUCUUACAAAUUCCAACAUGUCAGCGCUUAUUCUCUUCAUUCAAUCACAGAAUUAUGGUUUUGUUUUUUAAUCUUAGCCAUUGUUUCUCUCUUCUUGCUUUGAAUGCUCCAGCACUGGCACUGUGCGUGUGGAAAGUCAUCUACCAGUGAUUUCACCCACUGUGUUUCCUGUGGUGGCACAAAGUAAAUUAUUUUCCAGAAUGAUAAAAGAGAUUUUGGGCAUGUUCCCUUUUUGCCUUCCAGGACUGCUCCUCAUCCAGGAGCACCAUUUGUUAAUGAUUUUGUUUGACAGUACACCACACACUUUUCUGACCUGAUGAGUUUUGUUAAGUGUUACUGUGUUAUUGAAUGAUUGCAGUAGCAGCGAGGGGAUGGGCCGAGACAAACCAGCACUUUUUAAACCAAGCAGCGGUAUUGGGAGGGACGUGACUCUCGUGCUAAAGUAGUUUGUUGAACGUUGACGUGAAAAACGGAAGAUUGAUCUCUUGAGGUGGGAACCCCCCCCCCCCCCCCCGCGAGCAACAUCCACCACCAGUGCUCUUACUGUUAGUCCUCUUUUUGAUGUUGUUGAAGAUAUUCACAAAUAAAUCACAGCUGCUCCCCUG